GAGAUGAGAACAAAAGCGUGUAUAUAUAUUAACGUCACUACCUCCUAAACUGUUUCUCUUGAUCUGAAUUAGAUCUUUCUGGAAGCAAACAACACGCAGCAACCCCUACCCCCAACCCUAACCCUAAUUUGACGACUCUCUUCUCUUGUCGUUCGUCUUCCUCUCCUUCUCCCUUUAGAUUCUUUUUGAAACUGUUUAUUAUUGCUUGAUUUGGGGUAGAUUGCUGCUUAAGGGUUUUUCCUUAUCACAGAUAAGAUGCACUUCCGGCCAUCAUUUUACCAUAAUGCAGUUUUUGAGUUGGAUAUUGAUUAUAAAUGGACACCAAGCGGUUCAUCCAGCUUGUUGAGGAGAAAAAGAAGAAAAUUAUGGAGAGAAAGGAAGCUCCUUUGAAGUGGGAGCAAAAGCUGGAAGCUGCUUCCAAGGCAAACACUGAUGCUGAAUCUAAAGAGAGGAAGUUGAAGGCUGCAAAACAUAAAAGAAGAUUGGGCUCUGAUUCUGAUACUGAUUCUGACACUGAUAAUGAGAGUAAAAGGGUCAGUAAAAGAUCUCAUAGGAAACACAAGAAACACUCUCACAUUGACUAUGGUGAUCAUGAAAAAAGGAAAGACAAAAGUUCCAAGCGGAAGACAAAGAAGCGGUCUUCAGAGUCUAGCGAUUUUAGUAGCGAUGAAUCUGAAAGCAGCUCUGAGGAGGAGAGGAGGAGAAAGAAGAAGCAAAGGAAGAAGAUAAGAGAUCAUGGUUCAAGAUCAGAUUCCAGUGGCUCGGAUUCGUACGCUGAAGUCAACAGGAGAAAACGGAGUCACAAGCGGCGACGACCAUCAAAGUUUAGUGAUUCAGAUUUCUCUAGUGAUGAAGGAGACUGUCAAAAUCGGAAGAGAGGUCAUGGAAAGCAUCAUAAACGCCACCGACACUCGGAAACUAGUGAAUCCGAUUUGUCAAGCAAUGAAAGUGAUGAUAUUCACAGGAAGAAAAGCCACAGAAGGCACCAUAAGCAUCACAGGCGAUCACAUAAUGCAGAGGUGAGGUCAUCUGAUUCUGAUUAUUACAGCAAUGGUGGAAGAAGCAGAUCGUCAGGGAAGUCCUCAGAUGAAAAUUCUGAACAAGAAAGCAAAAGAUCAAUGCAUAAACGGUCUGGUCAUCAUCACCAUCAUCGCCACCAUCAUUCUGACAAGCAUCCACCUCACUUGGAUGCGGAGAGAUAUCACUCUCUCCAGCUCUCACCAAAACUCAAUGGAAAGCACGAAGAAUUAGCUAAAGCUGGCAUUAAUAAAAUAGAUGGUGGUCAUCAUGAAUGCAGAGCUAUGCCUGAGAAUAUUGAUGGUCGAAUUGUGUGAUUUUUAAAAAUGUAUGUUGCUUGUCUGAAAAAAAGAAAAUGUUCUAUUACAGAUUAUCUGUUCUUAGCGGGAGUGAAUAAUUUUCAUCAUUAAUUAAUGUCUGACUUAAUGUUGUCAGCAGUACUAUUGAUUAUGAAAACUGAUCUUGAACCAUCAUUGUUGGUUAGGCACUAAUUUGAUAUAAUUCAGCUAUGAUCAAUUGCAUUUAAAGGUUAUAAUUGUUUUUUCA